UGAUCGUGAAUUGGAUCCAUGCUUCAUUGAUUGUGGUUUGUUUAUGUAACAAAAUUGAAUGUGUGAAAACUAAAGAACAAAUUGCAAGGUUAUUUGCAAUAUACGUAAUCGCAAUUUAGAGGACGAUGAGGAGAUAAAUUUUUUUGAGAUAGUGACAAUUUCGACAUUGGAAAAAUCUAAUCUGACCUUGAAUGAGGAAAUAGUGAAAUUUUUUUUAAUAAUUUAAAGGAAAUAAAUAAAAUUGAAUAAUUGAAAGUGAGAAAUCAAAGGAAGAAUAAUGAGUGGAUUCAUUGAAAAUCAAGUUUAAAGUCAAAGGAAGAAUUAUGGCACAAGAGGAAAUGAAAUACGAUAGUCGUCAGUGGUCAAGACUGAUCUAUGUCAGAUGUUGUGAAUCGUGAUGUCAGCUUGAAAGAGAGGCACUUUGACAAGAGGAGUAUUCCAAGGUGACGAUCCGACGGAUAUCAUCGGGGAUUAUCAUCACCAUCAACAUGGCUUACGUGCUUUGGCGAGUUUUUAUGAGGAAGUACUCCAAAGUUCGUAUGGGAAUAAGAAACUUGCCGGUGAUUCCAGUGGAUCGUCGAGCAUCCGAGAAAGAUGAGACCUGGACUCUUGCAAAGGAAUGUGAGGACGACACCUCUGCCCCGGAUACCAAAGAAAAUUCAAAAAUUGAUCACGAACAAACGGAUAAGCCAAAUGAGACAGAUGGUAUUUCACGAGGUCAUGAGACACGAAAAAGUAAAGCAAGAAGAGUGAAAAGUUAUUUGAAAAAAUGUAAAGGUGCCCUCUCAAAAAGUGAAGACAAUUCUGUUGAAAGAAAAAGGGAGAAUUGUAGUUCUUGGUAUCUUAAAGAGUCAUCUGAUUCUAGCAGCAAACCAGAACUGGUUACAACUGAUGACGACCUUGAAGAAACAAUCUCUUCCGUUCCCCAUGAGGUAUCAUCAUCAAAAAUAAACAAGCACGAUAUUCAUGAUUCGAAGAAUUCAAAGAAAGAACAAUUCGAUGAUGAUGAUGAUGAUGAAUCAAAGAACGAUUUCGAUAAGGGCAGUAGAGGUUCACUGUACGUGGAUGCCAGUGACAUUGGCGUUCAUGAAGAAGCACGGAAAGAAAAGACGACGAAGGACCCUGAUAACCUUGUCGAAGGUCCACCAACUGAGAAGAAGGAAACGGAGAUUCAGGAUGAUAAUAUUAUGAGCAAGUGUGAUUCAAGCGAUACAUUGAUAGCAGAUGUGCCGGAAGUUACGACAACAACUAACAAUUUCGAGGAGGUGGAUGAUGUCGACAUUUUGGUCUUCAACAAAAAUCAUCAGGACACGAGUGAGGAACUGACAAAUGGAAUCAACAUUGGGACACGAGGAGAUGCUGCUUCAUUGGUGCGGACUUUUUUGGGACCAAUUUACGGUGAAGAUGUACUCGACCUUUUAACGAGACAAGCACGGGAUAUUUUGGUGUGUGCAUAUCAUGGAAAUCUCGAGAACUUUGUCAAGAGUUACCUGUCACCUGCAGCCAACCUACUCGAGGAAGUGAAGCGGAUUGCAACUGAAAGGGGAAAUGAAUCUGUGGUUCCAAAAGGUUGGCCUCUGACUCUAAAUGGAAGUGGUCUUGUCUUACGAUUAGGAGAAGUUGAGGCAUCAUCAUUACGUCUUGGGGAAUGUUACCUUUGCAUCAGGAGUGCAGCUGCGGUCGCAACUGCGAAAACUCCUUCCGCAACAACGGCAGCAGACGCUGAAAACGUGGAAGAAAACACUGUUGAGAUAGCCCUAGUGUGGCGAGCCUCGUCGAUGCGGGCCCCAGGGUUCCUCGGCUGGGACCGGGAGGACGAGUUCAUGGAUUGGCGCGAUACUUCGCAUAAAGUUUCCACCUCAUCGAGUACAGUGGUUCAUCAUCAACAUCAUCAUAGCAAUAAUAAUAAUAAUAAUAAUAAUAGCAGCAGCAGCAAUCAUCAAACAAGUUCGAGUAGUUCAAAGUGGCGACCUCGUCGUAGAUCGCGCGAGGAAACUCGUACGCGAACAUGGGAAACAAGCGCCGAUAAUCAUCACGAGAGUAGUAGAUCAUCAGAGAGACUUGAAUGCUCGCGAUUAUCACUUGAAAAUAAUCACGAACUUACUGCUGUUGUUAAAUCAAAAUCAUCAUCAAGUGUUGAUACAUGGAAAGACGAUAUUAGAAAUAACGAUUGUCGUCGUUCAACAAGCAGUAGUCGAUGUAUUGUCACAAAGAAAUCUAGUCUACCCGGUGAAUUUGUGAACAGUAUCGAGACAAGAUCACGUGUUCGAAGAAACGCCAAAGUUGUUUCAUCAUCGACAAUGGAAAAGUGGAAGGAGACAAGUCGUUGUGAGACAAGAUGUCGUAUACUUCAAGCUAAUGAUCUUAAAACACCAUCAUAUUUGGAGAGUGUUUUGUGUAAGGAAUCGUCGCGAUUAAAUCAAGAUUCUGCUUCUGAGAGAUUGGAAAAUUUACAUCCAGAUCAAAUUGCUGAUGAUGAACUACCGGCUUAUAUUCAAUCGCUUCUUGUGACGGUGGAGAGAAAAAUUGAAAGAGUCUCGUUGGAUGAUUUAACGUUUCCUUGUACUGCGUGCAGAAAUAUUGACACUGAUGAUCCAUUACUUGGUUGUCGUUGUGGUAACGAGUCUUGUGAUUGUGGAAAUGAAAAUUGCGAGUGUAAUUCGGAAAAGGAGGAGGCUAGAACGUUUGAGGUGGCUGGGAUUAAACAUAUUGACAGCGAUGACGAGGAGGAAGUGCGCAUGGGUUUCGGUACCAAGAAGAAGAUAGAAGAUGUUUCACCUCCCAGGACAAUUCACGAUAUUCUUGAGCAUGUUUUAAAUUGUGGUCUCACACUGCCUGGCUAUUCGGAUUCUACAGGGAGACCAGUCCUGGAGUUCGACAGCAAUGUAAAAAGGACGGAGACUCUCUCUGCACGGGAAGUGGCGUCCUUUCUCCUCUACCUCACUCGUUUACCAAGCUCCGACCAAACAAAAGAUGGCUUCACAAUUCUUCUCUUAGGCAAACUUAAUGAAAAUGUGGAACUUCUAGACCGUGCCCUAUUUUUAGUACAGGCCAAAAUCAAAGUACCUCAGGUCCUUCUUCUGCAACCAAUGGAAGGCGCGAUCAAUCCUUUCCCACGUAGUCAAAUCAAGACCAUCGUCCUGGACCAAUCGACCCUGGACAAAUACAUCCCUAGGCGAGAAACGAAUUACAGUCAUGCUCAAUGGGUAGCCUUCUACAAGGAGUACGACAGCCUGAUGACCGAGUGGCAGGCUGCAGGACGACGGUUAGCUCUGGAAAUGUCUGAACUAAAGGAAUGUACCAACCUGUCCGGAAGUCUGACAUCCCUGAGCCGACUACUUGCAGACCCCACAUCGCGAAGAACAGCCCGUGAUGCCGACGAGACGAUGACUUCCCUCGAGGAACGAGCUGUUCCACUCUCACAUGUGGACAACGUCAGAUUAUCUCUGGAACGAGCGCAAAGAAUAUUGGAGGAAGUGGGAACUGUCGCCUCGAGACUGGAAUCAUCAUUCGAAUCACGACGGGCCACCAUCAGAAAUCUUGCAGUUCUUCGCAGUAUUGAAGAUCAAGCCCGAGAGAUUUUGUCCUGGCUUUGUAAAAAAGGUGAAGACAUUCUUUCAAAACACGCUCAGCACGCGGCUUCAACACUUACAACUGCACGAGACCACGAGAGGGAAUUUGAAAAGUUUUACUUCACGUCCAUGAGACAUUUGGAUAAGGGAAGUGAUCUUGCUGAGGCAGCGAGUGCAAGUGGACUUCGUGAACUUGCAAGAUCGUUGAAACAUCAUUUACGUGGAUUUGGCUCUCGUUUAGAGGAUAGACGUGAAUAUCUUGAGGAUACAUCGAGAUGCUGUUUACUUCAGGAUCGUGCUUACGAAUGGGCCCAAGAGGCAAAAUUAGCCGGCGAACGAAGGGCACAACAAUUUCUUAUGGCAAGACCACCACCACCACCGGAACAUUUCACCGAAAUGAUGGCAUUAGCGGAAAAACUCGGCAACGAAAUUCUCCUCGAGCAAUGUCGUUUAGCAAAAAGCAAAUGCAACGAGGCACUCGAAUUCACAAGAGCAUGUUCAGCGCCCGGAAGUCCUGCGAGAAGAAGAUCCUAUGGCACCACGGACUCGGCCAACUCAUGGGACGAUUCCUUAAAUAAACGUACAUCAUGGGACGACAGCGACAGUGGAGCAUCAUACGCUGGACCAAUGGAGAGUAUUGGAUCAGGAAGUGGUGGCCGACCAGUUCUCGAUAAUAUUGCAGAACUUCGUGAGAGUGCCGAACAACUUUUGGAUUGUUCACCACCGAGAACACCGCCUCGAAGUCCAGCACCAAGAAGAUUGGUGAAACCACCAGUUAAUUCACAUCUUCAUCGUGCUCCCAGCAUCGCACCAGGAAUGAAAGCUAAAAAAACAAUACUGCUCAUAAUGAGGGAAAUGAUACAGACUGAACGCGACUACGUCAAGUCCCUUGAAUACAUAAUAGAGAAUUAUAUACCAGAGUUGGUGCGUGAGGACAUUCCACAAUCGUUGAGAGGCCAAAGAAAUGUCAUUUUCGGUAAUGUGGAGAAAAUCUACGAGUUUCACAGUCAACAUUUUUUGCGUGAAUUAGAACAAUGUGAACAGUCACCAAUGAUGGUUGGUCAAUGCUUCCUACGACAUGAAAAGAAAUUUUAUCUAUACGCCUUGUACAAUAAAAAUAAACCGAAUUCGGAUUCUCUAAUGGCGGAAUAUGGAAGUAAUUUUUUUAAAGCGAAACAAAUGGAACUUGGUGAUAAAAUGGAUCUCGCUAGUUAUCUUUUGAAACCAGUUCAAAGAAUGGGAAAAUAUGCAUUACUUCUUCAGCAAUUGGUGAAAGCCGGUACUGAUGUUUCGGAUCAGAUAAUCAGCGGCGAUAAGGACGAGAAAGACGACAGUGAUGAGGCAAAACCAAUAGUUGAAGGUGAAGCCGAUUUAAGAGCAGCCGAACAAAUGGUACGAUUUCAACUUCGACAUGGAAACGAUCUUCUUGCAAUGGAUUCACUUCGUGAUUGUGACGUUAACGUAAAGGAGCAGGGAAGAUUGCUGAGACAAAAUGAGUUCCUAGUUUGGCAGGGCAAGGGUAAAAAAUGUUUGCGACAAGUAUUUCUCUUUGAGGAUUUAAUUUUGUUCAGCAAAGCAAGACGAUUUCCCGAUCGAAAGAAUCUCGAUAUUUAUAUCUAUAAGCACAGUAUCAAAACGACGGACAUUGGAUUAACAGCUGUUAUUGCUGAUUCACCGACUAAAUUUGAAAUUUGGUUCAGAAAGAGAAAACCCGGUGAUACGUAUACGUUACAGUGUGCCAGCGAAGAUAUCAAGAAAGCUUGGACCGAGGAGCUUAGCAAACUUCUCUGGAAGCAGGCGCUUCGAAACAGAGAAGUGCGCCUGGCGGAAAUGUCUAGUAUGGGAAUAGGAAAUAAACCCUGUCUGGAUAUUCGACCUAGUGCGGAUCAAAUUAAUGAUCGAUCGAUCAGCGUCGCUCAAUUGUCAAAAACUCCAAGGUUCAGGAAUUCGAUUGCUAUAUCAUUGUCGGAUGACUCUGGUCGAUACAGUAGAAGACCUCACAGUGUUAUAUCCGUCAGUUCGUCUUCUAGCAGCGGAGGAAGUAGUGGUCCACCAAAUACUCUUAAUUUGGGUCUCGACGCGAGUCCCAGACCUCAUCACCGAAGCACUACUCUUAAUAGUCAAUGUAGUGUCGAAAGUGGUAUAAUUGCGGACAUCUCAAUUGUCUCGGACGACGGUGGCGAUGGAACGGACAGAAGUCACUGGAAUUCGACACUUGAAAGUCCAACGUCACAAAUGCCAUCAAGUUCAACACCUCUUCAAUCGCCCAUCAGUUCAACCUCGACGCCAGUUACCUCACCUUCAUCGCCUGAUGCUAAUCUAACUCCUUACGAUCAAGACAUGUCCAUUAAUCUUUGAGAACAAGCGAAUUUAGACGAAGGCCACGUUUCUUAUUAUCAGGUACUAUUUGAAAGUAAUGUUUAAAAAAAAAAAAAAGGGAAACAAGGUCAUUUAAGAUAGUCAUUUAUACUUAAAUAAAAAGAAUCCGAAGAAACUUUCCAAUUUGUUUGAGAAAAUAUUGUUCUUCGUGUAUUGAAAGUAGUAGUUUUUUUUUUUUUAAAAAAGUAGAAAAAAAUGUAUUUUCCUGUACGAUUAACACGCUGCAAAAUACUUUCAUACUCGAAACGAUUUGGAUUCGUUUUUUUUUUUACUUGGAUGACUGAUGGAAUGCUUGAGCAUCGGUUACCGAUUUAUUAUUGAGAAGGAAAAAAAUUGGCAUUCUUGAGAAUAAAUGUGAUGAAUUACAAAAUGUCCCUAGUCAAACAUUUUUUCCACUGCCUGAUAAUUAAAUGAAAAGAAAGUUAAAAACUUUUUUUUAAAGGGGCAUCAAAAAACAAAUUCUCAAGAAUGCCAAUCCAACGCACAUACCAUUCUUGUAAUAUAAUGUAAUAUUAAAGGUUUAUAUAUAUAUAUAAACAAAUAAUAUAACCUGCUAUACAUAUAAAUAUACAAUUUCCAGAAUAUAUAUAUAUAUGUAUAUCGAAUAUGUAAUAUUAUAUACAUAUAUUCUUUAUGUCAAGUCAUUUGUACAACCUUUUUUUUAUCGUAAUCUACAAUUUUAAUCUUAUUGUCUCUUGGCCUGUAAGAAACCGAUUUUUUCAAAAAAAAAAAUUAGUUGGUAAAUUUUUCUAUAUUUACAUAUAAAUUUAUAAGGCGAUCUUGUGUGGUAACAAGUUUUAGAAGAGCUUUAAAAAAAGAAAUUUUAAGCUCAUCUUAAGGCAGUUCCACACACAUUAUUUUUCAUAAAUGUAUUUUUUAUACGGAUGAUGAAUUUUUGGGAGCGAUAUUCGCUGCGUACGAUCGUGAUUCUCUGCGAUAUUUUUUUUGAGCCAAUCUUAUUGUUAAAGAAAAAAAAAAAAAAACAAGAACCUGGAGAAUCACGAUCAAUCAUCUAUAUAUUUUUGUUCGUUUUUUUUUUUUUAAUUUCAAUAUAAAGUGAAAUUAAAAAAAAAAAAGACUUGGAAAAUAGCGAUGGGACGAUUUUUACGAAAAAAAAAAAUAUAUUAUCGCUCUCUUUCCAAGAAAGUUGGUUGCGUAUAGCCAUUUUUUAAAUGCCACGGUCUGCCAAGAUAUUGCGAACGAUAUCUUCUGGAUAAUGACCGAAGAAGAUUUUAUUUUCAAAUCUUUUGAUUUCAAGUACCUAAAAAAAAAAAAAAACUUGUAGUCUCGUAGAUAUGAAUUAGAAGUUGCAGCGAACACAGUCUAAUGCACCCAACAAGUAUAAACAAAAAAAUUUGCUGUACCAAUGACUUUAUAAACUAUUUUUAAAUUCCAUUAUUUUUUAAAAUCUAAAUUAAAUUCAGUGAUUAAAAAAAUUUUAUAAGUUUUGCUUCAAUAAUAGAAAAUUGAUAAAUUAUUGAAAUUUAAUUAAUUUCAAAAAAUUAUAUGUCAUCAUUUUAAUGAAUCUCAAUUUUUCAUUUAAAAUUUUUGACGCAAAUAAAAAAUUUUAAAUCGGUGCAACCGACUGCGAAUUUUCUCAUUCUCGAAAGUAAUUUUUUUUUUUUUAAAGCGAGCAAUCGAAUUGUAAAUGUUUUAUAUUUUCUGGCGAAUUUUUGUCGCGCUCAUUACUUUCGAGAAAGAGAUUUCUUUUUACAUAUAUGAAUGACAGCAUAAUAGAAUUAUUUUGCAGUCAUGAAAGAAGAAAACAAAAAAAAUAAAAGAAAAAAAUUGUACGUUUCAAAUUAUACAGAUAGUCAUUUUUAUCUCUAAUUCUUAGAUAUUUAUUAAUGUUAUUUUAAGUAGCUAAUCUUAUUAGCCCCCUCCCCCCCUCUUUCUUACCCCCCUUCUACAUUUCAAAAUCUAUCGCAACUUCGUCGUCAAAUUGUAAAUAUUAUAUUUGAAUAACACUAUUAUUUCAGUAUUGUACUACCGU